AUGUGGAGCGACCCGAGCGACUCGGACGCAAUCAUGCGCAGCGGCGUCCACUCGUCCUUUCGAGGCGAGUGCAUGCGAGCGAGCGAGGCGAUCCCAGAGUUUGGUCCCGAUAUCACCGGCGAGUUUUGCACGCGGAACAAUAUCAGCCUCGUGAUCCGUUCGCACCAGUUUGUCAAGGAGGGCAUCGCGUGA